AUGCUUCCGGGUCGUGUGGUUUUGGUACGAUUUUGGGGUUUGAGUGGUGUGCCGGUGAGUGGCCUGCCACUUGGCGAUCUGCUGGUUUGUGCAAGAACCUCACGUUGUUGGAAUUGUUUCCGAUUAUUGUGUCGGUGGAGUUAUGGGGUGACCGAUUGGCCAAUAAGCAUGUUUCGUUUUGGACUGACAAUUUGAGUGUGGUUUAUGCUGUCAACAGCUUGUCUUCCUCUUCCCUCCCGGUUCUAUCUUUGCUUCGUCAUCUCGUCCUUCGGUGCCUCGAAUGUAAUAUCUAUUUUAGGGCUCGUCACGUUCCAGGAGUUGAUAACAAGAUUGCUGAUGCUCUCUCCCGUUUUCGUUGGCAGGAUUUCAGGUCCUUUCUUCCGGGAGCGGAUUUGGAGGGCAGGACGUGCCCGUCGUACCUGUGGGACCUGGUGGACAGGAGCUGAUGUCGUUGGUCCGAUCAUCGAUUUCCCCGGCUACUUGGCAGGCCCAUGGUCCUGGGCGUCCGGCCGUUUGGAUUCUCGGCCAUUCGUAUGUGUUCUGGGCAGCCCAGAGAGCCGAUUGCCGGCCCGGUGGGAGAUCCCUCGGCUUCCGUGAGGUGGAUGUGUCCUGGAGAGGAAUCCGUGGGUUGCGAUGGACUCAGCUCCUGUCCCAAGUGGUCGACAUUGGUUUGCAGGCCAGUGGCCCGGUGAUUCUGGUUUUGCAUGCGGGGGGUAACGAUAUAGGUUCUGUGCCCCUGGUGGAAUUGUUGGCCCUCAUUAGGUCGGAUUUGGAGCGUUUCCCUUCUUUUUUCCGUGAGGUGGUCCUGGUGUGGUCCGAGGUUGUCCCUCGGGUUGUAUGGCAGGGUGGGGAGGCGGUGGAGAGGUGUAGGAGGACGAUUAAUGCCCGUAUCUCCCGUUUUGUUCGGUCCCGGGGUGGUGUGGUGGUCAGACACCGGCAGCUGGAGGGCGAUAAUCGCUCAUUGAUGAGGCCUGACGGGGUGCAUCUGACGGAUAUCGGCUUGGAUAUUUUCCUUUCAGGUCUUCAGGAUGGAAUAGAGCAGGCCAUGUUUUUGUUGGGUGGUGGUCGGAGCCCCGUUUGAGGGCGGUUCUCCUCCGUGGCGGCAAGUUAUUUCAGCUUAAAGGUGUUGGAGAAAAAAUGGGCGAAUCCGUCCGCUGGGAGACCAGCGGCUGGCGGAGAGCACGGUUCAAAGUUACGGUUUGCCGUUUGAA